AUGCCCGAGCCCACAAUCGAAAGCCUGAAGAAGGAGGUCGACUUUCUCUCUGCCCAGCUCCGAAAAGUCACCGGGCUGGUCGCUGAGACCGGCAAACAGGUGCUCUCCAUCCAGGUGAACCAGGAGAAGGGCGCCCUCAACAACCUCACAAUCACCGACGUGGAAGGCAAGCCAGUCCAGUCGCAAAAGGACAAGGCUUCAUCGUCCGAAGACAGCCAGGCCGUCACCUCUGAGGAUCUCGUGGUGCUUGUGACCGAACUCCAGGACCAGCUCGACAACCUCGAGACUAAGUCGAUCCGACGAACCGCAAACUCCUUUGCCCAGAAAGACGCCGACCUCAUUGCCUCGCUGCCCCGAAUUGAUGGCAUGUGCCCCGCCCAGGAGCUCGACGACGAAACCCACCCCGACUGGGUAUUCCCCAAGACCCUGGGAGAGUUCAAGAAGCUCGAUAAUGCCAAGGUGGAACAGUGGAUGCGGUUCUACGAGCUGCUGCCUCCGGACGAAGCCGAACUUGCCAAGCUCCAAGAGGUGCUGGGCAAGGAGGAGCUUGAGGAGGCCAUGGAGAACGCCCGAAAGUCUGCUGAACUGUCGGAGGCGGAGGCCAUUGAGCGAUUUGAUACUCUCGCCCGGUUCUUUGGUCUGCGGGAGCGACGAGGCACCAACGCCUGGUAG